AUGCCGGGCUUCGACUUUUCAAACCAUACCCGAAAUGCUGCGUUACAUGCAAGAGGUGUUCCAUUGCCAAAGGCGACAAGCACAGGAACGACUAUCGUAGGAUGCAUAUUUGAUGGAGGUGUAGUUAUUGCCGCAGAUACAAGAGCAACCAGUGGUCCCAUAGUAGCAGAUAAGAACUGCGAAAAAUUACAUUACAUCGCGCCUCAGAUCUGGUGUGCAGGAGCUGGAACCGCAGCGGAUACAGAAUUCACAACGGCCCUCAUCUCUUCGCAACUCGAGCUUCAUUCCCUCUCCACCGGCCGCAAACCCCGAGUCGUAACAUGCAUGACGAUGCUCAAGCAGCACUUAUUCCGCUAUCAAGGACAUAUCGGCGCCUACCUAGUUGUAGCAGGUGUCGAUCCUACUGGUGUCGGAUUGUUUACGGUUCACGCUCAUGGUAGCACAGACAAACUCCCCUAUGUUACAAUGGGCUCGGGAUCUUUGGCUGCGAUGUCUGUGUUCGAGACACAAUGGAAGAGUAAAAUGACGGAGCAGGAGGCUGUCACUUUGGCUUCGAACGCCAUUCAGGCUGGUAUCUUCAAUGACUUGGGAUCUGGAUCGAACGUCGAUGUCGCAAUUAUCACAAAGGAGAAGACCACAUUGAAGAGGGGAUACGUCAAGCCAAAUGAAAGAAGCAAGAAGCAGAAGAGUUACGUUUUCAAGAGAGGUACAACUGCAGUGUUGAACGAGAAGAUCAUUACGAGAGAGGAGAUCAGCAAGUAUGUUACGGUCACCGAGCUGGGCACAGAGACUACUUUGGGGGAGAAAAUGGAUUUGGAUGUCUGA